AUGACGAUCAAUGAAAAUCAGCUCGGAUGGAAAGCAGAGUCGACGACGUCGAAAUCGAUCAAAGGGAUUAUCGGAAGAAAGAUCGGUCGGCCGAGCAGUUGGCCGAAGGACAGCUAUCUGGAGGCGUUGAAACAUUCCCGUACCAGCGCCGAUCCUCGCGAGGGAAUCGUUUCAGUGGAUGGAAACGGUUCCAGUGGCGCAUCGGAGUCUGCAACCCCUCAACGCAGGCGAGAGUACAACGUGGGCCCGGUUUACACGGGCCCAGAGGGUAGCGCAACGUCUCCACGAAUCGUUUACGGCUCGGCCGAUCGAGAUUCCUUCUCGAUGAUACCGAGCGACUCGUACAGCCUGCCUACACGAUCGUCCAGUGACUUUGCUGGACCCCAAAGUUCGUAUGGACCACCGCAACCCCCUCGAUUCGCCUAUGGGCCACCCAGUAAUGGGCAGAUAUCUUACUACGGUGAUCACUACUCGCCGCCCCAGCAAGGGUACGGGCCACCGACGCCCGGCUACGGACACGGAGUUCCCCAUGGGAUGUCCGAAUCGUCCCACGUCGUUCUUCCUACCAUCGACUUUUCCUGGCCGUUUGCGCUCAAGCUGAACGCUUUCACGCUGGCAAAGAUCCUGUUGAAGCUGGUCAUCUUCAAGUUGAUAGUGAAAUUUAUAGCAGUUAUUUGCCUGCUGCUCUUCAUCCCGAAGCUCGAGAUCAUAAAAAAAAAGGGGAACAAGGUGGACGCGGACGACGAUGACGACGAGGGCCGUCGAUCGUUCAAUGGUAAUAGAUUUUGGGAUCGUGUGAACACAUUGACAACGAUCGUGAGCAACGCUGUCGAUAAGUACGAGAGUUUGAACCAGGACCGAUCGAACGUCAACGGCGUGUAUCGGGAUUCAGAACGUGGAGGAGUUCGAGAUGCUUUCAGCCGCGACGAAACCUGGAAUGAUUACGCUUAUUUGCUGCGGAGUUACGCCUUGGAAGAAACCCGACGUGUUCGCUAA